CUGAUCUUAUUUAUUGACGUUAAGAUAGAUAAAAACAUUAUCUUCAUUCGAAUGUUUAAAUUCUGAAUUGAUUUCGUCAUUCAUGUACUCUUUGGUUGCUUAUUUUCCCUUUGCGAUUCGCGUCUGAAGCUAUUUAAUUAAAAUUCGAAAAGAGAAUUUUAUGAAUUCAUUUCAAAACCGCCGAAGCACUGGAAGAUGUAUAUUUAUCCAAAUAUAUAAUAUCGUAAUAUAAUAUUUAAAUAAAUAUUUAACAAAGAAUUAAACUUUCUUUGUAAUAGACAAAAUUUCUUACUACCUUACAAAUAUCAACAGAUGCAACUAUAAUAUUCCAUAAGUUUAGAUGCAAGUUCAGGAAAUGAUCGGACAUGAUAUAUUAGUUGUAAAUUUAAAAAGUGUUAAAUAAUUGUUUGUUAAUUUCGACCUUUUUAUAUAUGUAGUUUGUUAUAAUUCAGCUCAGUUCAACUUGUAGUGCAAGUUGAAAUAGCAGUACACGUGAAGGAACCGAGAUGCUAAAGGUCAUGAGUAUAUGCUAGUCCAGUGUCGCGUCAGUUUAAAAUAGCGUAUACAGUUACGAUUCUACAACCAAACGAUUCAAGCACACAGUUAUUUUAAAGCUUCUAUCUUACAGACUUAUUCUUUUCUCCGCCUAUGUCUCGCAUAAAAUUAGUCCUAACGAUAAUUAUUCUUCUGGUAGGUUUAUUUUGCCAAGUAACAGAUGGGGAAUUUAGCCUGGAAUUGGUUCAAGUAUUAUUUAGACAUGGAGAUAGAACACCACGUGAAAAAGAAAUAUCGCCAGUCGAUUAUCAUAACAUAUCAAUUUAUGAACCGUGGGGUCUUGCUCAACUGACGAACGAAGGAAAGAUGAGAGAGUAUCGGAUCGGAACGAUGUUAAAGGAACGUUAUGGUAAAUUCUUGGGAGAUAUUUAUCGUCCCAGCGACGUUUAUGCGUACAGUACGGAUCACGACCGAACGAAAAUGUCCCUUCAAUUGGUGUUAGCUGGACUCUAUCAUCCAAGUCCACUGCAAACGUGGAAUCAAAAUUUAUCGUGGAUGCCUAUACCGAUUUAUUAUAUGCCAGAGAAAAUCGAUAAUAUACUGAAACCCGAUCUUUCCCCAUUAUAUAUGAAAGCUGUAAACGAAGUUAGAAAUACGGAAGAGAUCCUUGGAAAACUACUAUCCUAUAAAGAUCUAUUCAAGCUACUCAGCGAAAAGACUGGUCUGAAUAUAACGACAACGCAUAUGGCAUAUGAAAUAUACAACCAACUUGUAGCAAAGGAAACCAUGAAUCAUUUAUUGCCAGAAUGGUAUACCGACGAAGUUUCCAAAAAGCUACAAGAUAUCGUGAAGAUAGAAUACGAAAUUCGUUCCUACACGCCGCUUUUGAGACGAUUGAACGGCGGUGUGAUUAUCAAAAGAUUCAUUGACAAUAUUCGAAUAAACGAGAAACGCGAUAGGCCAAGAAAGAUUUACUUGUAUAGCGGACAUGAAGUAAAUAUCGCCGCUGUUGUAAGAGCACUCAACCUAACUGAGCCUGAGAUACCGCCUUAUGGAUCUGCGAUUAUAUUUGAGAAACUGAAGGAUCUAAAUAACAAGGUCUACAUCAGGAUGCUAUUCUGGAACGGAGUUAUGGACGAACUGAAAGUUUAUAAAAUUCCAGAAUGCGACGAAAUUUGUUCAAUUGAAAAAUAUUUAAAUAUCGUAAAUGACUUGCUUCCAUCGGACGAGGAAGUUAAUCACAAAUGGGAUUAUCUAUCGAAAGAAGAGUUACAAAAACUAUACGUCGAAACGCUUAAUGUUAAUUAAACGUCGAUCAUAUUGUAACAAGGAUAUAAUUGCGACGCGAAGUAACACUUACCGGUAAUAUGAAAGAUAGAAAUUUCUUUACGAACUAUCGUAAACUAAUGACAUAACAUAGCAAACUGAUAACAAUAUGUACUUAUAAUAUUAAGUAUUUUCAAUCUAAGUUCGUUAAGAAACAAGUUGUCUUACGAAACAAUUUCAAUUUUGUUUGUUUUAUCACGCGUAUGUAUCACGAACGCGAACUUUAAAUGUUUAGAUACGUAUUCGAUGAAUUUUUGAGAACUUGUUCAUGACACAUUUUGUAUCUUGUCUCGAGUUAAAACUACAAUCGCCGAAUGUAUUAUAUACAACCGAUGGUAAUCUGCGACUAUUAUCUUAGUCGAUGAUUAUAGUCAACGCCAUUUUACCUUUUACCGACGCACGAUAUAAUUAUUUAUGGUAACUUAUCUUUGCCGAUAUUCGACGAAACGAUUUUAAUCGACCAUCGAUGACAAAAAUAUUUAUCGAUCGUAUGACCUUUUUUUUAAUUUCUCCAACCGGUCGCAAUAUGUACAUAGAUACAUAUAGUAUAUUCUAGUUUAUCGUAUAUUUCGUAUAGUAUAGUUUCGUAUAUUCGUUGGACGAUAGUUCUUAAAUCGCUAGAAAAAUUAGUGCUCGAUUGUUAUAACAUUCUUAUAUGUAAGAUCUAGAAUUCUUUUAAUCAGAAAAAAUAUAAUAAUAACAUUUUUUCAUAAUAUGUAUUAUAUAAAAUGCUGAAUUUAAAAACAUUUGCUAUUGAUAUAUUCAUUUUCAUACACACAUAUAUAUAUAUAUAUACGAUAUUGUUAAGAAUAGAAAUAUUAUUUCAUCCGAUUUGCAUGCCUUUUCUACUUAGUUGAUUUGAACUUAAUCGACAGUUUAAUAUAUAAUACAUAAUUGAUAUUCUUAAUACUAUUAUUAGUAUUUUAACUUUAAGAACAAUGUUAUUAUACAAGACUUAUAAGUUUAUUCGAAAGGAAUUUGUAAUGAAAAUUCUUUUUGCGAUAUUUUAUACGUAUAUAAACUGCUAAUUGCGUAAAAUGCAUGUUAGUACAUGUAGGAAUAGUAAGUUUAAGCGAUACAGUUCCAACUUAUGUAUCUACGUAUCUCUGAUCACUUUUCGCCUUUAUAACAUAUUAAGUAUUAAAGUAGAAUAUGUAUUAAUAUACAUAUGUAUAUAUACACAUAUAAAUAUUUCAUUAUCAUCUUGUCAUCCAGGCCUAUUUCUGUAAAUUUGAAAACACGGUUUGUAAUAGUUUAAUAAAAGUUAUACAAUCUAGUAGUAUUA